AUGUCAAAAACAACACCUAAUUUUGGCGGAACUGUUGGCUGGGAUCAGCAAACAGUGAUUGGUAAACGAGCUCCACGUGCCGGCGAAUUGAAAAGUGAAGCAGCAAUAGCUGCGGCUGCGCGUGCAGGUGUUCCCAUUGAUACAUCGAAGAAAUAUGCUGGCGGUAGUAAUAAACAACAUGAGUCAGCAAAAAAUACAGCCGUUUUAGAUCGAGAAACAGAAGAAUUGCAUCAUGACCGCAUUAGUGGCGAUGUGUCUCGCGUUAUACAACAGGCUCGAGUGGCUAAAGAAUGGACGCAAGCGGAUUUAGCUCGUCAUAUUAAUGAAAAACAACAAGUUGUUAAUGAAUAUGAACAGGGCAAAGCAAUACCGAAUCAACAAAUAAUUUCGAAACUCGAACGAGCACUUGGAGUCAAAUUAAGAGGAAAAGAUAUUGGACUACCGCUUAGUGGGCCAAAAAAAAAGUAA